GUGAGGAGCAGGCGCGUUUAAGAGAGCUGUCCACCGAGGGAAAGUGCUGAAACACAAACCACUUCAAGUGUGUCCCACCUAUUAACAAGCAUGCACUGGUGGGCGAGUCCCUUCCCCCUGCCCCUGUGCGCCGAGCUGGGCUUCCCGCCGCUCAACGGGCUCCUCUGGCCCUUGCUGCUCCUCUUCCUGUGGUACUGUUACCGCAUGGGCUCCGACCUCCCCCCGCCGGGCCGGGCCCACCCGGGGGGUAAGCACAAGUCCGGCGCCCGGCGCUUCAUGAUGCUGUCCCGUGGCGCGGCCAGCGGCGGCCCCCGCGAGACGGCGUCGGGGUCCGAGGGGUCCGGGGUCCAACAGGCGCCGCCCCCCUGCAUCUCCACGCAGACCAGCGAGGACGAGGACCCCGACGGGAGGGAGUACCUGACGCCGGUGCCCGGACGCCCGCUGUUCCCGGCCCAGGCGUCAGCGGCAGGCAGGAAGCUGUACGCCGCGCUGCAGGAGUACGCCAAGCGCUACGGCUGGGUGGGCAUGGGACGCAUCCACAAGGCACUCCGGGAACAGGUGAGACUGAGCGACCACUCCACCAUCCAGAGGCCUCACCUGUUCUUCCUGCCGGACGUCCCCAGUGUCCCCUUCUUCCCCCGCGAUGCCCACCGCCAUGACAUCGAGCUCCUGGAGGCCCAGUACCCCCUGAUCCUGGCUGAGUUCCAGGCGGUCUACCAGUGGGGUGUGGACUCCAAACUGGGAUGGAGCGGUCCCAAGGGCCAGACGGGGUUUCCCCUGUACAGUGCAGGGGUCUGUGUGGCGGGAAACUGCCGCUCCUGUCCCUACACGUACAGGACCCUGCUCUCCCUUCGGACGUUCAUCAGCAGCAACUCCCUGGGGGGGGCCGGCUUCGUGCUCCUGGGGCCUGGGGUCACGUUGGGGGGCUCCUAUGGGCCCACGAACGCCCGUCUGCGAUGCCACCUGGGUCUACAGACGCCACCUCUUUGUGAGCUCGUGGUCGGAGGUGAACCACAGCGCUGGUCAGAGGGACACUGCCUCCUAGUGGACGAUUCUUUCCUUCACACCAUUUCACACAAAGGGCCCCCCGAGGAUGGUCCCCGAGCCAUUUUCAGCGUUGAUCUCUGGCACCCCAACGUGGCUGCAGCUGAGCGACAAGCAUUGGACUUUAUAUUCAACCCAGACCUGUGAAUCCUUCCUGCCACGCCAAGAAUCUACCUGAUGCCUUAUUUAAACCAUGCUUGUUUUGGGCCAUAUGUAUAAAAGAAAUCCCAACCAAUCGAUCACUGUGUGGAUCUACGCUUACUGCCAUAAGCCAUGGAUUAUGUAACCCAAACAGAGCAACGCUGAUGUUAUCAACCUUUGAGAGCAAUGCGUACUAGGGCACAUUAUAUCAUGUACACCAUGGAUGUUCCUUGCACGAGAAACCUGUUACUCAAUGAGAGCUACACCAUGUUUUUAGCCUGUGCAUGUUUUUAACCUUUGCAUGCAUUCCUUCUGGAAGAGAAUGCUUUGAGAUCCAUGGCAAGAUGGCUCCUAUCUUCUUCUCGUAAUUUAAGUCAAUAACUGUGAGCAUAUAAGCAAAAUGACAUAUACCGGACAAGCCUGAUUCAUAGGCCUUCUAGGCUCUUUCCUCUUUACUGGAAAUAUAGUCUUCUAUAUAUAUAUUAUAUAUAUUAUAUAUACAUGUAUCUUGAUAUUCGCAUGUGCCAGUCUAUCUUUCUCAAAAGUGAUCUUAUACCUAUCUGAUAUAUAGCCUAUAUUUCUUCGUGUUCAACUCACAUAAACACUGUGGUUCAAGUGCUGCAUGAACUGUGAAUGUUUACACAACCGACAAAUGAAUAUUCUGGUUUCAGUUUUCAUCCAUAUCGUGAAUGGUGUAAACCAUAACCAACCUAAUAAAUGGGCAUUGUCCAAGUAAA